AUUACUGCACUUAAAAUCACCUUAAAAAAGAACUAGCUUUGAACGUACAAAAUGACUGUUAAAAGAAUCAAAUCCCUUUCAUGGUUCUAUAGUAUGUUUUUUUGCCUAAAAAUAUCUUCCAUAGUUGAGAUACAGAACUGAAUACUGAAACCCUGGCAAGUAAAUUUGGGGUUGGAGUGAGAACAACAAGGAUACCAGAUCUGACCUUAGAUUCGUGAAAUUGAAUCGGGUAAUCAACAGAUCUUGACGUUCCGAACAGUGAUGGCUGCGCCGGUGACAGAAGCUUUUCAGGUCAACGAAUCGGGGAGCGGAUGGAGAGGAAGAUGCUCUGGAAGACUGAAAAGACUGGUCGUCGCUGUUGCAGCUGGCUGCCAUGAACUCAUGAAACUCAAGGUCGCGGCAUUAUCUCUCUAUUAUUUCUACUACUCGCUGCCUAUUGAUCUGUUGCUAGUUUAGUUCAAAUUUGAUGAAUGUCUCAACAACUGAAUGAUUUGUGGUUUAACUUUUGAAAUAAUUUGUUUGAGUAUGCGUUUGGCUCCAUUGUAUGGAUGAAUUCAUUUCGAAAAUUUAGUCUAAACACUUGUUUUCCGUAGAGAUCCGAUUCAUGAUGCUGAUAUUCAAUAUGCUAGAUCUCCGUUAUAUCUUGAAACUGUUUGUUUGAUUGUUCAUAGUUUAAAUCUCUUUUUGAAUUUGAGAAGUUCUUCUUUAGAAUAUGUUUGAUGAAUUUGGAGUUCUAUGUUCUGAAUUCUGGGAAAUUUUUGAUUCAAAUUCUAUCCAAACACCAAAUGUUUCGGUUUUUGCUAAAAAAUAUCAACUACGUUUCGUUUAAUUUCUCCGUUUAAUCAAGUUUAGUUUUCGUC